AUGCUCAAGACGAAGUCCAGACCAUUGCCUGGUCAACUAGAUAAUUGCGACGUAUGCGCGAAAAGGUUCACUGUCACACCCUAUAGUAAAACUGGCCCGAACGGUGGCUUGCUCUGUCCCAAAUGUUCCAAGGAGCUCAAGGAAGACGAGAAGAAGGAUGCUGCGGCUAGAAAGAAAAAAGUUGCCGCUCCAAGAGGUCGACGGAGACAAACCGAGAGCGAUCGCCUAAUGGGAGAUGUAAAGCCGGGGGCCAAGAGUCUGGUCGAUGUCUGCGUUCGUCGAGUCGCUAAUGUCGUCCAUGACAUUGAUGACUUUGGUGAUAUGCCCGAAGACGUCCUGGACCGCUUGAGCCAGAUCUUAUCCAAGCAGAGGGUCUUGACACCGAGAGUGCUCCAGCUCUUUCUACGACGUGAUCUCGAUCGAAUCUCCAUCUACGAUUGUGGCAGGCUCGAGACUGAAGAUUUUAAGAAAAUCUUUGCCUUCAUGCCUGAUAUCAAGUUCGUCAACCUGCGCUUUGCUGGACAAUUGAAGGACGAUACCAUCCACUAUAUGGCUGAUAAAUGUAAGAUGAUCCGUCAUCUUCAAUUGGGGGCAACAAAUCUAGUGUCUGACAAAGCCUGGAUCGAACUAUUUCGGACCAUUGGCCCUCAACUGGAAAGCCUUAAACUUUCAGAGUUGAACGACUCCUUGAAGGAUGACACCGUUGCUGAGCUCACCAAAAACUGCCAGAAUUUGAAACGACUGAAACUCAGAUCCUGUUCUCACAUGGACGAAGCAUCCAUCGCUCUGUUAUGUCAGCUCGGGAACCUGGAACACCUCACGUUGGGUGUCGCCCAGCAGGAAACAUCGUCCGCCACUCUUGUGGAUCUCAUUGCUACUCUCGGCCCUAAGCUUCGCACACUCUGCCUCGAAGACUUCCUUGAGCUCGAUGAUGCUGUCUUGGCCGCCAUCGCAAAGAACUGCAAUAGGCUCUCCAAAUUACGAAUCCGCGGUGCCAAUACUGCCACGGACGCAGCCUUCGCAGAGCUCUUUGGCAAUAACUCGCCGAUCCCCUCCCUCGUCUAUGCAGACCUGUCCGAUAACCGUGAUAUAGAUAACAUGGCUCCAGAGGGUCCUGAAGACGCUACUGUUGGCGUUGCUGAUUUAGCGUUUCCCGCUCUCAUGCAACAUUCCGGUUCCACAUUGAGAUCCCUCAAUCUGAAAGCCGACCGACAUAUCUCACACAGUGCUCUACUCAGCGUCUUCGACGGUAAGAAGAAGUAUCCCGUCCUGAAGGACAUCGAUCUGUCGUUUGUGACCCAGGUCGACGAUGUCGUCAUGAACGGCAUCUUCCAGAGCUGCCCUGAGCUGGCGAAGCUCGCUGUCUUCGCCUGUUUCAAUGCUCGCAGUGCUGCUAUUCCCGUCGGUAUCGCCGUCAUCGGUCUUCCAAAUGCACAAGACAGUGUGGUUAUCGGCGGCGAUGCAAUUGGCGAGGUGUAG